AUGGCCUCACGAUCCGCCCAAGCAACUGCUACAAGCAAGAAACGAAAGAACGUCGACCGGGAGGAAGCCGAGCAGGAUGUCCCAGGAGGCGCUGGGGCUCUGACCACCUCAUCAUCCUCCACCAAGCCUUACAAGUCCAAAGUCUUGAUCCUGUGCUCCAGAGGGAUCACAUAUCGGAUGCGUCACUUGAUGAACGACCUUGCCAAUCUGAUCACUCAUGGCAAAAAAGAUGCUAAACUGGACUCAAAGCACGCCCUCCCUUCGAUCAACGAAUUGGCCGACCUCAACUCCUGCAACCAUGCGCUCUACUUCGAGUCUCGAAGACACUCCGAUCUCUACCUCUGGGCCUCCCGAUGUCCUAAUGGCCCUUCGAUCCGCUUCCAUGUCGUCAACGUUCACACGAUGGACGAAAUGAAAAUGACAGGCAAUUGUCUAAAAGGAUCUCGGCCGAUCGUCACUUUUGGAAAAGAAUUCGAGGACGAAGCGCACUGGAAGGUCUGCAAAGAAGUCCUGACAAAUGUAUUUGCGGUGCCCAAGACGGCCCGAAAAGCUAAGCCUUUCGUCGACCAUAUCAUCAGUUUCUCGAUCGUUGACGGCAAGAUUUGGUUCCGAAAUUACCAAAUCUUACAGAAAUCGACAAUCGAUCCUGCGGCGACUAACAAGAAGAAUACGAGCGAGGCGGAUGAUUUGAGUUUGACCGAGAUUGGACCGCGUUUUGUGCUGACACCAAUCAAGCUCUUUGAGGGCAGUUUCUCUGGGCCAUGUUUAUGGGAAAACAAAGAAUUUGUGCCGCCAGUCCAAGCGCUUAAAGAGCACAAGACCGAGGCCGCGCUCAAAUACGUCGGCCGUAAGGAACAGGAAAGCUCCCGCGAGAGUCGCAAAGAAAUCAUCAAUAUGAUGCGGCCUGAUGAUGAACUGGAGAAACGAAAGGUCUUCGCAUGA